AUGAAAAUCAUUGUUAUUAUUGUAAGAUUUCAAGAUAAAGAGUCUCAUCAGAUUUUUCUUGAACCAGAAGGUCGGAAUGUGCCUGAGCUCUAUGUGCAGGGGUUUUCAACUGGUUUGCCUGAGAGACUUCAGUUACCACUCUUGAGAACAUUACCUGGACUCGAAAACUGUUCAAUGCUGAGGCCUGCUUAUGCCGUGGAGUACGACUUCUUCCCUGCUCAUCAGUGCUCUAGGUCACUUAUGACAAAGAAAAUUGAUGGACUUUUCUUCUCUGGUCAAAUAAAUGGAACAACCGGCUACGAAGAGGCUGCUGCACAGGGAAUUAUAUCUGGAAUUAAUGCUGCAAAGCACUCAGAAAGUAAGCCCCUCAUUGUUCUUGAGAGGGAAAGCAGUUAUAUAGGGACUUUGAUUGAUGAUCUGGUCACCAAAGACCUGCGAGAGCCUUACCGCAUGUUAACAAGCCGCUCAGAACACCGUUUACUGCUACGAUCUGACAAUGCUGACAGCCGUCUCACUCCUCUGGGCCAUGAAAUUGGUUUGAUAGAUGAUAGACGCUGGAAAAUAUAUCAGGAUAAGCAAGCCCUAAUUUCAGAGGAAAAGAAGCGAUUAAAAACUGUCAGGAUUUCAGGUGGAGAUUUGGCUGCUGAUGUUACUCGUUUGUCUUCUCAACCAGUGAAGGACUCCUCGACGCUGGAAAGUCUUCUUAAGAAACCUCACAUACCCUAUAAAAUUCUUGACAAGCAUGGUUUUGGAAAUAAACUUCUAACUAGAAUGGAGAAAGAAUGCGUGGAGAUUGAUAUCAAGUACGAGGGCUUCAUUUUGCGCCAGCAGAGCCAACUGCAGCAGAUGGUUCACCAGCAACAUAGGCCUCUUCCUGAGGACUUGAAUUACUAUUCAAUGACAACUUUGUCCCUUGAAGCACGUGAAAAACUGUCAAAGAUCAGGCCACAAACCAUUGGUCAAGCAAGCAGAGUUGGCGGUGUUAGCCCGGCUGAUAUUACUGCUCUCCUCAUCGUCUUGGAAUCCAACCGAAGGAAAGCCCUGGAAGAGAGGAAAAAACAAAUGUUGGCUUCUGUCUUGACAGAUACGAGCCAACAGGUGUCUGAAGUUCCUCUUUCGUAGACAUCAUACUCGUAAAAUCUGAUUUUGAUGCCUUAUUCAUCAGGUUCAAAAGAAUCAAACUAGACCAAAACUCUGCCAGAACAUCAAGCCUAAUCCCAUCACAAUGAAGCUGACUUGGUCAUAAACUGCAAGGAACUUCUCUUUUAUGCUGCUGCCAAUCCAGGAAACGUUGGAUUGGUGCAGAGAAUUGAUUUACAACAAAGAAAUCAAAUGCUGAUGAAGUGUCAAGCUAAAAUGUUAGCAUACAAUCAACUGACCUGGACUAUAUAUCAUGUCUUAGACUUGCUGUCAUGUAAUUUUAUUUGUAUAGAUGCUGUAAUUAUGUUUAACAUAGGUCUCAAAGUGAUCAAUCAUUGAUGCCUUCUUUUUAACCAGGCCAAUAGUGGAUGUCUUAUUUAUUUUUGACCAAGAUCUGUUUGGUCUGAACUUGUUAACUUAAUUCCAUUUUUUAAAGCAUUAUAUUGUCAUCGCACC